UUAGCAACACGCGGUGUUUUCGAGAUCAAGUGCAUGCCGAUAAUUCGAUAUUAAAAUAUCCUGAAGAACAAUAGGAAAUACUGCUCGAGCACAAACACGAUGGAUCCCGGUUUCUGCCCGGACUGCGGCACGAUUUUGCCACUACUGCGAAUGGCUAAGACGGUUUUCUGUUACAGCUGCCACAGUGAAUACGAUGCUUCGGCGUUCGGUACUAUGGAAGUAGAAUAUACGAUUCCUUUCAAUUCUUAUGAAAAUAAAAAAUCUGAUCAAGCAGAACGAACGGCGGACGAAGAAGCCGACGGACCAAUUGUGAAUAGACAGUGUCCCAAGUGUGGAAACGAUCAGAUGUCGUACGCUACGUUACAACUUCGUUCUGCAGACGAAGGACAAACCGUGUUUUUCACAUGCACAAAAUGCAAGUUCAAAACUUCGGAAAAUUCUUAAGAUGUUGUUAAUAAACUGCUUUUGCUCAUAAACUUA